AUGACCAGUACCUUCAGUCACGAAGCAAUGUUCUCGCUCACAACACCCCCAGCAAGUGAACUUGAGUUUGACGAGGUCGAGAAGAACGCCAUCGCAUCCUGUUCACCUACGAUCAACGGUUUCUGUUACCCGUCGCCAGCUCCCUCGCAUAGUCCACAACCGUUGCGAGCGCUCUCGACAGAAUCACUGGGUCUUCACGACGAUCUUGCUGACAUGUCAUAUCCUGACAGUCAGCAAGCCGAACAGAGUUAUUUGUUCUCAUCAUACGGCACUUCGGAACCAUCAUUUCUUCCCGUAUCAGCAAUGUCUGAGCAGGACCUCCCGCCUUUCACCACAUCCUCAUAUCCACCUGUCUCCCAACAAGCGGCAUGGCUCCCCUACACCACUACAUACGCUCAACCCGCCAUGGCAAAUUACGAGAAUCCAGCAUCCCAGUAUCCUCCAUUUGAGACGACGAUGGGUCAAUCAUAUGCGAAUGUAAUACCGCCAACGCCCCAGGACAUCACCCAAGCUACCUUCGACUUCAACUCAGUCCCGCGGUUAGCAUCCAACGGACAUCAUCUCUCAGCUUCGCCAGCGUUCUCACAUCAGAGCAGUCAGCAUAGCAGUCUGACUUCCCUAUCGCGGUCGCCAAGUCCCACGCUUUACUCGAUGACAACAAGCAGUACCGCGGCGCCAUCGAGAUCGACUCUUCGGUCGAACUCUACCUCGUCUAACAGCUCUCUGCAUUCUUAUGGGAUCCCAGUUGCAGACCCAGCCUCAGCUCCUCAGCCUGCUUGGAGGUGCGCGUAUCCUGGCUGUACUUCUAAAGCUACGUUCACGAGAGGGUGUGACUUGAGGAAGCACUACAAUCGACACUCGAAGCAUCUGUUCUGUAGAGUAGACGGAUGUCCCCAGUCACAAUCGGCUGCGGCUUCGAGGUCUACAGAUGGCACCCUUUCCGGUGGCUUCAGCAGCAAGAAAGACAGGGCGAGGCACGAAGCCAAGCACAACCCUGGGAUCAAAUGCGAAUGGACAGGACCACACGGGGAGGAGUGUGGUCGGAUCUUCAGCCGCAUGGAUAACAUGAAAGACCAUGUGCGGAGGAUACACCGCAAGCAGGAGCAGAAAAGGUGA